AUGCAACAGCUCCAGCACCUGCGUCUGCUACUCCUGUGCGUGCUGGCCCUGCGUCAGGGCCUGUGUGUGCCCCUGGGUGGCCAGUGUGUGGACGAGAGCUUCUGCACUAGCAGCCUGCAGGAGUACCACGCACAGCUAGUCAGCCUGCCCAACCGCCUUAACGAACGCAGUGUAGCCGCCUGGAACUACGUGGAAAAAAUUGACUUGAACCGGGUGCCUCCAGUCCUUUAUGAAGCCAACUGCCUUGAAAGCCACUCCUGUAAGGGUCUGGACAGCACCCUCGGGUUAGAGACCAUCCCCAUCACUCUCAGGAUGCCCGUGCUGAGGAAAAACCCCCGCUGUACCUCCUUCUCCCUGGAGUUCGAGCCCAUCAAUAUAGCCUGUAUAUGCGCCACUUCCAGACAAAGUGGAUUUCUAACCGAUCGAUUCUAA